GUGCCCCCUUGCGCAAAUGGUGUGGGAGAUCACCAAUGGAUGAGGCAGCGCUCUUUCGCGUGUCAUGUUUUUGAAGAGCCACGCGUUUCACUCUAGGUUCCCCACUCGGCACGCACCAAUGCAGAUACGGACGGGAUCGGACGCUGCUGGCGCCUGAACGUGUAUCAUCUUCAUUGCGCUCACGGUGCUUUUCUCCAGCUCGCCGGUAUCAUGCAGUCUUUAAUAUCCCCAGUCACCAAAGCAAUACUGGUUGCACUGUUUAUUUUUGCGAUCCUUCUCAUUUUGUACGUGAUAUUAUGGUAUAUAUGUCGAGAUGUGGAUUGUGAUCACGGAAUUUGAUUGGCAUUAUUGGAUGCGUCUUUAAGGACAUGCACCGGGUGUCCCAGCAUUGGCACUGUUCAACAAGGGAGCAAAGGGUGACUCUGAUUUGCCCAAGCAGAAUGGAAAGGUUGCCAUAGUUACAGGGGGAACCAGAGGAAUGGGAUAUGAGAUUUCCAGACAUCUGGUCAGCCUGGACAUGCAUGUGAUCAUUGCUGGGAACGAUGAAGAGGAGGGUCUGGCAGCAGUAAAGAAGAUUCAGGAGUUGAAUCAGGGAAAAGUGCAGUUCAUGUACCUCGAUUUGGCCUCUUUGACAUCUGUGCGGCAGUUUGUCCAGAGAUAUAAAGCCACAGGUUUGCCACUACACGUCCUUGUCAAUAAUGCUGGUGUUAUGCUUGUCCCGGAGAGGAGAACAGAGGAUGGAUUUGAGCUACACUUUGGGCUAAACUACCUGGGCCAUUUCCUGUUGGCCAACCUGUUGCUAGAUGUCCUGAGGAAGUCAGGCAAACCUGGGAAAUGUUCCCGAAUAGUUAUUAUGUCUUCAGCUACCCAUUAUGGAGGAAGAUUAACUCUGGAUGACUUGCAGGGAAGGAUGUGUUAUAGUGCCCAUGGUGCAUACGCCCAGAGUAAACUGGCCCUGCUGCUGUUCUCCUACCACCUGCAGGACCAGUUGUUGGUCAAAGGAGACCCUGUAAGGGUUAAUGCAGUGGACCCAGGCAUGGUGAACACAGCCCUGUAUGACAAUCUGUGUGGCCCGGCCCAGCUAGCCAAGAAGCCUUUCGCUAAACUGCUCUUUAGGACGUCUGCAGAAGGAGCAUCCACAGCUAUCUACGCUGCAGCUGCCUCUGAGCUCGAGGGGAUCGGAGGACUGUAUCUGUACAACGGUCGUAAGACGGAGUCUUCAGCGCUGUCUUAUGAUGAACGGCUGCAAACCAAGUUGUGGAAAGAAAGCUGUGCUCUUGUGGGUCUCCAAAAGGCCUGAGAUAACAUCAGCACUGAGCUCCUGAUCACAGAGACCUUGGCUCUCAACUACAUAAAACGUCCACCUGAAAAAUAUUCAACCUCUUG